UGGACGCAGGUGGCACUCAAGCAUGGGGAAUUAUCAUGAGUGAGAACUUUUAUUUUUCACUUCAUCGCGAUAGGAUUAAGUGACAAUAUACUUUUUGGAAAUGUGCGACUUGGAUAUCUCAGUCCUGUAACAUUAUGGAGCAGAAGAACGCAGAGAACACAGUGUACUUUGUGGAGUAUGGAAAUGGAAAGGUUGAAAGUCCCGUCUCGCAAGUAGGCUCAGAAAAAAUUCUGAUCCAAAAAAGCAAAUCUAAGGUGAUCUCAGUGCGGAGUAUUGUCCUGAUCAUCAUCUUCAUCCUUCUGAUCCUGGCUGGAGGUUCAGUCCUGGCAUGGUACUUUCUAGAGUACAGAGUAUGGGUGUUAGAGGUGCGGGUGGAGCAGCAGUAUAUAGGCCAGAUCUCUAUACUGAACAGGAACUUCUCCACUGCUCUCUCUUCACACACUAGUCGAGUGUUUCGGGAGGAGGCGCGCAACGUGGAAGCCAUGCUGGAGAAGAUUGUGAAGUUAUCAGGUGUGUCUCGAUAUUUCAAAUCCACCAGAGUGUUUGGUUUUAGCGAGGGCAGUGUAGUGGCGCACUUCUGGCUCAUCUUGUCUCUCCCUGAGAGUCACGCUGAGAAGGUCACCAUGCAGAAGGUCAGUGAGAGCCUCCUGGGAACCCUGCAGGGAUUCAGAGAGACAGAUGUUAAGGAUACGGUUAACUUGGAGGGAAACCUGCUUCUUCUGUCUGAAUUCUCCAUAUCAGAAACCCAGCCCAAAGUUAUAGAUUUUUUGCAAGCUUCAUUUGAUUGUUACCGGUAUCAGACGGUAUCCGGCAACGCUCCUGUUGUUCUAAAGGGUCCAGACACACAGCGCUCAUCAUGUCUCUGGCACCUGAGGGCUCCUGAGGGCUCCCAGCUGGAGCUAAGGGUGGAGUGGCGGCUUCCUGAGUGCCGAGACCGGCUGGCCAUCUAUGACUCGCUCGCGCCUGCGGACUCCACACUCAUCACCUCUCUGUAUGGCUGUAGCAGGCAUGAGCAAGUGGUGCAGGUUCUAUCCUCUGCUGACUGGAUGACGGUGGUGUGGAAACAGGGCCAGUACAACUAUAAAGACCCGUUCUCUCUCUCCGCUCAAGCCUGGCCCAAAAAGAAUUGCUCCUUCAAUAUCAACUUGGAGAUGAAGAAAGGCGUUCAGGGGAGCUUACAGACCCCGUUCUAUCCAAGCUAUUAUCCACCCAAUACCAACUGUACCUGGCACUUCACUAUGCCAUCAUCUACGCAUGGAUUGACCCUUGAAUUUGAGGGCUAUGAGCUGAGUCGAGCCAGUUACACCCAGAACUGCACACAAGGCCAGUGGCUCAUUCAGAACCGCAGGAUGUGCGGUACCAGGGCUCUGCAGCCGUAUGCUGAGCGGCUCUACCUUCACUCCUCCACCACCAUCGUGUCCAUGACAUCCGCAGUGUCACUCACAGGGCCUGGCCUUCAAGUCCACUACAGCAUGUUCAACCAAUCAGAUCCCUGUCCUGACCAGUUCUUGUGCAGUGUCAAUGGUCUGUGUGUGUCAGCGUGUGAUGGGAUCUCAGACUGUCCUAAUGGUCUAGAUGAGAGAAACUGCGUGUGUCCUGCUCAGUUCCGCUGUCACGGGGACAGUCAGUGUGUGGACUACUACAAGGUGUGUGAUCAGCAUGAGGACUGCACUGACGGGAGCGAUGAAAAGAACUGCACAAUGGGUGUUCCUUGUACCGAUAGGACUUACAUGUGCGCUGAUGGCACUUGUUUGAAGAAGCUGAACCCUGCUUGUGAUUUUAUUACUGAUUGUCCUGAUGCUUCUGAUGAGAAAAAUUGUGAUUGCGGUCUGCGCCAGUUUAGUACACGCGUGGUGGGUGGAGUCGAUGCAAUGGAGGGGGAGUGGCCAUGGCAGGCCAGCCUGCAGAUCAGUGGGCAGCAUAUCUGUGGUGGUGUGUUAAUCUCCUCCCAGUGGGUGGUGUCUGCAGCACAUUGCUUCAACGAUGAUCGUCUGUACUCGCCUUCCAUAUGGACGGUGUAUCUGGGAAAACUGCACCUGCGUGCCUCCACGCAGACGGAGGAAGCUUUACGUGUCACCCAUAUCCACCUGCACCAGUACUAUGAUGAUGAGAUCCAUGACUAUGACCUGGCACUACUAAGGCUUGAGCGACCCGUCUCAGGAAGGACGUUGGCAUUGCCCGCCUGUCUGCCCGAGCCUACACACCAGCUGGAGCCUGGUUUGUUAUGCUGGGUCACAGGUUGGGGGGCAUUCAAAGAAGGAGGUGGCGUAAGCAACACUCUGCAGAAGGUUGAUGUGCGGUUGGUCAGUGAGGAGGCAUGCGUCCGUUCCUAUGGAUACAUUAUAACUCCCCGAAUGCUGUGUGCUGGUUAUCGGCGUGGGGGGAAAGACGCAUGUCAGGGGGACUCCGGGGGGCCUCUGGUUUGUCAGGAGCGGUCCGGGCGCUGGUUUUUGGCCGGUGUAGUGAGCUGGGGCCGUGGCUGCGGCCGACCUGAUUAUUAUGGCGUUUACACGCGCAUCACUAGACUAUCUCCCUGGAUUAAACAAAUCAUCGCUUCCUGACAAGCAAAGCAGCAGCCCGGAGCUGCUGUCAGCUAUUCCUCAUUUCGCUGAUGCAUGGACUAGAGAGGUGUGUAGGUUUAAAAGUUCAAAAGAGCAACUGGUGUAAACUCUAGAUAAGUUGCUGGACUGCUAUGGAUGAUGAAAUCAAAUUUUAAUAUCAGAGUUCAUAUUAAGGUUCAGUGUUUUUUUUUUUUUCUUUUCACACUGCAAAAAGUGCAUAUGAGUUAUAGAGUUAUGUUUCCAGUUACAUUAUUAUAGUAAACCAAAUAUAACAUUAUUAAAUAUAUUUAUAUUUUUUUUGCUCAUUUAAAUAAAUAUUUCUUGAAAGAAAACAAAAAGAAUGAUAAUUUUAAAAAGUUUAUAUUUUAUCAUAUUAAUAUGUUAAUAUAUUCCUAUUCUUAUUAUUAUUAUAGGUGUAGUGAUUAGCACUGUUGCCUCGCACCUGCAGAGUGGAGGGUUUGCAUGUACUACCUGUGCUUGGUGGGUUUCCUGCAUGUACUCCAGUUUUUUCCCACAGUCCAAAGACAUGAAGAUUAGGUUAACUGGUGUUCCCAAAUUACCUGUAGUGUAUGUGUGUGUGCCUUGCAAUGGAUUGGCACCCUGUCCAAUCCACUGUACCCUGCCUAAUGCCCAGCAUUCCUGGGAUAGGCUCCAGGCCCCUGCGAUCCUGUACAGGAUAAAUGGUAUAGAAGAUGAAUAAUGAUAAUAGAUAAAUUAGAAUAAUAGGCACACAUCACAUGCAAGAUAUUUUCACUUGCUGUGAUGUGUUUUUGCGUGCAUAUGAGAUAUAAAGUGUGACUGAAAUAAAGAAAAGGAAGUAAUACUCUAAAAUGGGAGAAAUAAAGGAUUAUUUUGACCGUUGGAAAACCCGCUGUCAUGGUGCUGGAAAUGUGAAGUUAGUAUAAAAGAACUCGAAAAAGGAACUUUUUACAACGGUUUCAGUUUUGUCCUUAAUUUAACAAAAACAAAACCAUAUUCCGAAGAUUGUUUUUUUUUUUUUUUCUAAAAAUUGUUUUUAUUUUGGUAUGAGCAUUUUGUAUGAGACGAACACAUCGUUGGUAGACAUCCGUAUACAAAAACAUACAUAUAUAAAAAUAUAUUCCUAUAUACAGUAUAAAAUCUAACAAACAAUCAAUCUAACAAAAAUAAAGGAAAAAAAAUAUUUAUUUCAGAAUAGUCUAUUGAAAUGCUGAUUUUUUAAAUGAGCAAAUAAUGUCAAGCACAUAAAACAACACUAACGAGCAUAAAAGCAGUCAAGCAGUUUUUAUUAAUAUUAUUAGUAGUACUGUAAAACGAUUAAAUAUCUUUCCAUUGUUGGAUUGAAUUUUUUAAUUGUACAAACUACCAAGGAUGACAAUGAAAAGUUAAUAUCUGUUAUGUGACUGGCGUGUAAUCCUUCAUUUGUUAGCAUAUAAAAUGUCAAAAAAGAUUAAAUCUGCUUGACUUUUGUGCAUACAAAUGUCAUUGUGUGCCAAUAAAAGGUCAGAACCUCCAGAGUCAAAAUACAGCAAUGACAUUUGGAUGUUGUUUUUAAAGCUCUGAUUUCCCCUUUAUUAACUUUUCAUAUCUCAUCCUGCGGUUCCCUCCUGCGUCGGCUCCUAGCGUAUGUCAAUGAGAGAUGUUUUAAUCACAUUUAUAAACAGAUUGAAUCUUUGGAGUCUGGUCCGAGUAAAAUUGAGAAUAAUUUUGUUCCCAUGAUCACCAGCCAGAAAAGUUCAACUUAUUGUAAGCUUCCUGGCAUGAUGCUGUCUUUUUGUUGCAUGUUCAGGUCUGUCUGUUUACUAGUUGUUAUGACACUGUUCGUCUGAAACAAAGCAUAUCUCGUUUUUUAUUUAUUAUGCAUUCAGAAUCUGUAGAACCUGCUAUUGUUUUUAUAUAUAUUUGCAUUCUGUAAUAAAGACGUAUUG